GUUUCCCACGUCGUGAACUACGACCUGCCAGGGAACAUAGACGACUACGUGCAUCGCAUCGGUCGGACUGGGCGCAUUGGCAACAGAGGCUGGGCGACCAGCUUCUACGUGCCCGCGUCGGACGGGCAGCACUCGAACGCCAACAUCCUCAACGACCUCCUCUCCACGCUCACUGGCGCAGGCAAGGAG